GUUGAACACUAGAUUGCCAAAGCACCGGGCGCGUCGGCCAUGUUUCGCAACGAAACAAAAAUAAUGUGUCCUUUAACUAGAUAAGUUCGAUAGACCGUGUUAUAAGUGUAUGUGAAUAUAAUUUUGUUACCAAGAUGGGGGCAAUGUUUCGGAGUGAGGAGAUGGUGCUGUGCCAAAUGUUCGUGCAACCUGAAGCCGCCUAUGUCUCCAUGUACGAGCUAGGAGAAGCAGGCAUAGCGCAGUUUAGAGAUUUGAACCCUCACGUCAAUGACUUCCAACGGCGCUACGUGUCGGAGGUACGCCGGUGCAGCGAAAUGGAACGUAAGCUGAGAUGGGUCAGCGCUGAGCUGCCAGAACCUCCUCCUCCACCAAAACCCUCGCCUCGCAUCCUCAGUCCAAGGGAAAUUAAUAUACUAGAGGAACGCAUUGACUACAUUGAGUCAGAGAUCCAUGAAAUAACAAAAAACGCUCAGAAUCUAAAAACCGACUACCUCUCACUGAUAGAACUGAAAAUUCUUAUCGAGAAAACACAGACAUUCUUCCAAGACCACAGCGCGCACAGGAAAAUAUCAGCUUCAGUACAAGUGUACAAUAAUGAAGGUGCCUUGGGACAUUUAGGUUUCAUUGCCGGGGUUGUCGCCACGCCAAGAGUCGCUUCCUUCGAAAGAAUGCUGUGGAGAAUAUCACACGGCAAUAUAUUUUUCAAACAGGCACAAAUUGAAGAACCGCUGAAGGAUCCUAUAACGGGCCACGAGCUACAGAAGACAGUGUUCGUAGUAUUCUUCCACGGCGAACAAAUUAAGUUCCGCGUGAAGAAAGUUUGCACGGGCUUCCAGGCAACGCUGUACCCGUGUCCUGCUACGUACAAGGAUCAACAGGAUAUGCUAGCAGGAGUCGGAACCAGAAUCAAAGACUUGGAAAUCGUUUUAGAGCAGACGGAGAAUCACAGACGUCUAGUGCUAGCCAACAUAGCGAGAGACAUAAACACGUGGAUGGUAGCAGUCAGAAAGGAGAAAGCGAUAUACCACACGCUCAAUAUGUUCAGCAUGGACAUUAUAAAGAAGUGCUUGAUAGCAGAGUGUUGGGUCCCCAGGAGUGACCUGCCACUCUUACAGAGGGCUUUAGACGAUGGAGUUAAAACAAGUGGGAGUCCGAUUCCUUCUAUAAUCCAUCAGGUACCCACUCAAGAGAUACCACCAACAUUUAACCGAACCAACAAGUUCACAAGAGGGUUUCAGAACCUCAUUGAUUCCUAUGGAAUCGCAAGCUACAGAGAAGUGAAUCCAGCUUUGUACACAAUCAUUACAUUCCCCUUUUUGUUCGCGGUAAUGUUCGGCGAUAUGGGACACGGCCUCAUCAUGACAGCAUUCGCCGCAAUCAUCAUAAUACUGGAGAAAAGACUUGCCAAACAGAAAACUGACAACGAAAUAUGGAACAUCUUCUUCGGUGGCAGAUACAUUAUACUGCUAAUGGGCCUUUUCUCGAUGUACACCGGCUUGAUAUAUAACGACGUAUUCUCAAAAUCAUUGAAUAUUUUCGGGAGUAGUUGGCGGAAUGUAUAUGAUAAUGCAACCUUGAUGAAACAUAAGAUGUUUGAUCUCGACCCCGCUGUGGCUUACACGCAGACUCCGUAUCCUUUUGGGCUUGAUCCGGCGUGGCAGUUUGCAUCCAACAACAUAAUAUUCCUGAAUUCGUUCAAGAUGAAACUAUCAAUAAUAUUCGGAGUGAUACAUAUGGCAUUCGGUGUAACUUUGAGUGUGGUAAACUUCAAAUUCUUCAAGAAACCACAGAUGAUAUUUCUGCAAUAUCUGCCACAGAUACUGUUUUUGUUACUGCUCUUUUGGUAUUUAUGCAUACUAAUGUUCUUGAAGUGGAUUUUAUACUCUACGGUUGCAACAGACCCUGUAUAUGGCUCGGCCUGCGCCCCGUCAGUUUUGAUAACAUUCAUCAACAUGAUGUUGUUCAAGGACUCGGAAGUCCGUCCGCCGUGCGAUGCCUUCAUGUAUGACGGACAGAAGGCCAUACAGAGAACAUUCCUGGCGAUCGCAUUCCUGUGCAUACCAGUCAUGCUGUGCGGGAAGCCAGUGUACCAAAUAUUAGUAAAGCGACGGCAGUCGCAAAGUGUUGAAGGCGGCGAGGUGGAGAAAACGGAAGAAGAUGGCAUAGGAGAGGUGAUGAUCACGCAGGCGAUACACACCAUCGAGUACGUGCUAGGCGCUGUGUCCCACACGGCGUCGUACUUGCGGCUGUGGGCGUUAUCGCUGGCGCACGCACAAUUAUCAGCGGUUUUGUGGCAAAGACUUCUUCGAAUGGGUCUUGGUGGAGGUUCACCAGUGAUGGCCAUACCACUAUUCUUUUUAUUUGCUGUGUGGGCAUUUUUCACGCUAGCCAUCCUCGUUCUGAUGGAAGGACUGUCCGCGUUUCUGCACACCCUGAGAUUGCAUUGGGUCGAAUUUAUGAGCAAAUUUUACGAAGGUCAAGGCUAUGCGUUUCUUCCAUUCUCAUUCUCGGUAAUCCUAGAAAAUGAUGACGAAGACGUCAAAGAGAAGCCCAACGGUGGACCACCUCAAUGACCCGAGGCCAAGACCAGCGUCGAUGAUAAUGUCUCAGAAGUAAUAUCCUUACAUUCAGACAUAGGGACGGAACAUCGAAAUUGGCUUAGGGCUCAUGAAGACUAGAAAAUGAUGACAAGAUGAUAAACUUUAAUUACCUAAUAUAAAAUCUAAGUAAAAUUAAUUUCUUUACAUUUUAAGCCAUACAAGUAAGUUUUAAGUCUAAGCUGAAAUUAUCUAAAUCUCGCCAUCAAUUUCAAUUAAAACCACCAGCAGCAAAUAUUGCAAGUAAAAUAUAUAUUGUAAAUGUAAGAUGUUAUUUAGCAUAGAUUUACGGCCAUUCCCAAUACACUAUCUACAGAUAGAGAUAAAUUACUACCUUCUACUCUCAGUAAUUAACUGUCAAUAAUCUGAAGCUGUCCAAAUAUACCCGAUAAGUCAUUCUUAUCGCCAGUUCACUGUUGCAAUUUCCAUACAAACUUCGAUCCCUGGUAAGCUAUACGUCGUCCCAUUGACAGGCAGCGUGUUCGGAUAAGAUUAGUUACCGUCGAUAAGUUUAUCGGGACAGAAUAGUCAACGAUAGUUACGAUUUUUUAUCUCAAGUAGGCCACAACCAGAGAUACACUGAAUAUUGGGAAUGGCUGUUAGACUAUGAGACUAGCGAAUAGACGACCUGACAGCCCGAUGAUGCAUGACCAACUUUGAUUUGUCAAUGUGUACUUUAACCGUAGAUAGGAGAUGAACACUUGAGCCUAAUGAACAAUAGUCCGUGACGUGUGUUAUGUUUUCUUAUUUUUUUUUAUGAACGAUUUGUACAACGUUAUAGACAACACCGUACCAUAUACCUUAAAUCAGGGGUGCUCAAGCUUGAACUGCUGGCGAUCUACCUCAAAAUUGUUAGACUACGAACGAUCGGCUCUGAGAGGCUUCAACUAUGUGUGAUGAUGGAUUGUCGUCUAGGUAGAGUGUCACGAUGACAUAGAUAUUAGUUUUGCGCAAAAUAUGCAUUUUUUUAGUCAAGGU